AUGGGGAGACUUUUCAAUAUCUCACUGUCCAUAUUUGCAGCCACUGGCUCUUUCAUGUUUGGUUACGAUGCGGGUGUAAUGACAGACGUGAUUGGUUCCAACAACUUUCUGAAUUAUUUCAAUACCACCAAUACGUCACCUACGAUCGGUGCCAUUAACUCAACUUUCAAUGGAGGAGCGGUCUUUGGGUCGUUAAUGGGAGGUUUGACCAUGGAUCGAUUUGGGCGGAAAAUGACCAUACAGAUUGGUGCUAUUAUAUGUACUGUGGGUGCUAUUCUCCAGGCUUCAGCUGUGUCGCUCUCUAUGAUCUUGGUUGGUCGAAUUAUGGCUGGAUGGGCAGUCGGACUUCUCAGCAUGAGUGUACCUGUUUAUCAAUCGGAAUGCGCACAUCCUGACAUUCGAGGGUUGAUUGUUGGUAUGGCGCAGCAAAUGAUAGGAGUCGGCUUCAUUGUUUCUACCUGGGUCGGCUAUGGCGCACAUCAUGCUGGAGAUCACACAAGCUUCCAGUGGCGGUUCCCACUUGCGUUUCAGGCACUGCCCUGUGUGAUUUUGGCUAUCGGAAUGUUCUUCCUACCUGAAAGUCCUCGUCACCUUAUGGCGACCGAUCGAGAGGAGGAAGCCAUGAGAGUUCUACAGAAGCUCCAUUAUAACGGCAACAAUGGAGACUGGAUCCAAAGCGAAUUCAAUGAAAUCAAACAGACGCUAGCAGCUGAGAAUGCAAUCACUGUUCCAGGGUGGAGGAUCAUGUUCACAGUUCCGCAAUGGAGGACCAGAUUGAUGCACGGCGUGGCUGUACAAGUUUUUACCCAAUUGAGUGGAAUCAACGUCAUUGGAUAUUACCAGGUCGUCAUGUAUGAAGCUCUUGGAUUUAAGGGCAGCAAAGCGCUAUUGAUCUCGGGUAUCUACAAUUGCGUUGGUCCAUUAGCUAACUUGAUAUUCAUCGUGUUCCUCCUUGACAGAGUUGGUCGUCGAAAGCCUCUUCUAUUCGGUACCAUCGGCAUAACGUGUGCUUUAAUCUGCGAAGCUGUGAUCAACAGCCAAAACGAGGAAGGAACACGCCACAGUCUUUCCAUAGCUGGUGUCUUCUUUCUCUUUCUGGUUUCAGUUAUCUUCUCGUUGUCUUUCGGCCCAAUUUCAUGGGUUUACAUGUCCGAGGUCAUGCCAAUGCAAAUUCGUGCCCGCGGUAAUGCUUUCGCGACUGGAAUUGGUAACUGGCUCGUCGCAACACUUUUUGCCCAAGUCUCUCCAAUUGGUCUCGGCAAAAUUGGAUGGAAGUUCUACUUUGUCUUCGUGGCAUUCAAUAUCAUUGUCACAUUCCCUGUAAUCUUCUUCUUUUUCAAGGAAACGAAGCAGGUCAGUUUGGAGGAUAUUGAUCUGUUGUUCGGAGAGAGAGCUCUGGGUACGUUGCCAGAUGACUUGACGAAAGAGGGAAUUACCGAAGUCCAAGUUGAACACCACCAGGGCGAAAACAAAGUGUAA